AUGGUAGCUUCGGAUCCUCGUCUCUUCUCAAUAUGCGCAAUAAUAACCUUUUUAUCCCCUUUUCCUGUCUCAUUGCCGCCAACUCGAUGGAAUGGAUGUGCUGCUUCGCGCAAGAGCACCUUCAUCUGCCUGGAUUCCCAUGACUUGAACGCUCCUCGGCCAUCGUUCCAAUUUACAUUGCCGUGCCUCAGGAUGGAGGACCAAGGUUGUCACCAUUCAUGGAUGUCACCAAGCCCAGCAUCGGCCCCAUCCGGGAGAUGA